CUGGUUGCUAAGACACUCUUGUGUCGCUCCUUGACAACCCUGGCGGGGGUGCUCUGGCUGCGGCCCUGGCUCUGGCCCCCGCGGGAGCAGCGCCCUCGGGGAACAACGUUUUCCUCGCUCCGAGCUGGCGGCCCGGCUUCCUGACGCUCUGAGUGUCCCCUGCCAGCCCCAGCGCCUCCGCCAAGCCCCCCCGCUCCCCCAGUGGCCACAGUGGACGGAUCAUGGGGGAAACCGAAGGGAAGAAAGACGAGGCCGAUUAUAAGCGACUGCAGACCUUCCCUCUGGUCAGGCACUCGGACAUGCCAGAGGAGAUGCGAGUGGAGACCAUGGAGCUCUGUGUCACAGCCUGUGAGAAAUUCUCCAACAACAACGAGAGCGCGGCCCGGAUGAUCAAGGAGGCCAUGGACAAGAAGUUCGGCUCCUCCUGGCACGUGGUGAUCGGCGAGGGCUUCGGCUUGGAGAUCACACACGAGGUGAAGAACCUGCUCUACCUGUACUUCGGGGGCACCCUGGCCGUGUGCGUGUGGAAGUGCUCCUGACCCCGCGUGGGCCCUGCUUCUCCCGGGAGAGCCGCGCGCUCUUGUCGUUUCGUCUUGUGUGCCAGCUUCCCAGGCCACGCCCCGGGCGUGAGUCCGCGGGCGGCUCUACUCCCAGGCUUGCAGCCCUCAAGGCCCAGGGCAGGACCAGGCAGCAGGGAAGGUGGGGGGAGAUGGAGCUUUCCUCCCCCGACCUGCCAGUGGCCCGCUCCCCUCACUCCCCAGGGUCCCCAGCACUGCCAGGACGUGUCCUCAAGGAGCCCCGGCUCUGGAGGACACGGGCAGCUUCUCCUCUUGUCUCUGGGGACGUGGUGACCGAGCCCUCCCAGCCCCGCCCAGGCUGAGCAAGGCACCCACCGCGUCUCCUGGACCAGCAGUGCCGCUGGUGCAGCCCCCAGCCUCGGCGUCCUCCCUCCCCGUGCACCGCCUGGAGCGCGCAGCUGGGAGCCGGAGCCGGGCCGGCCGGUGCGCGACUGCCCCCAGCCGCUCUGGGCGUCACCGAGCCUCCGUGAGACGCCUGGCCAGGAGUGCUCUCGCCACGAGGCUGCUUCGGCAGGGACCGCUGGCCGUCAGGGACCGCUCGUUUGUACUUCUCGUCUCCGCCGGGUUUUCUAGAUUCUUCUGCGUGUGGGGAGAAGGGUUUUAGUAGAGGGUGAACCGUAUUUUACACAGCGGUCUUAUUUAUAUACAUGUCUUGGUUUUUACAAUUAAAAUGACCAAAA